AUGGCCGCCGCCGGCGAACCGCCUCCCCCGCUCUGCCCCCUCUGCGGGCACCCGACCUCCUCCGCCUCCCCGCCGGCGCCCGCGUCGGCUAGCGCGUCCCCCGCGAGGCCGCCGCUGAUGCGGAGGACCGCCGGGCCGCCCGAGGCGCCCCCUGCGGUGGUGCGCGUGGAGAUCGGCGACGAGGCCGCGGCGCUGCGCGAGGCGCUGACCCGGCAGCAGGCCGCGCUCGGGGACCUGCAGGCGGAGCUCGACGCCGAGCGCGGCGCCGCGGCCGGCGCAGCCAGCGAGGCCAUGACCAUGAUCCUCCGCCUGCAGCGCGAGAAGGCCGAGGCCAUGAUGGAGGCGCGCCAGUUCCGCCGCUACGCAGAGGAGAAGAUGGUCCACGACGCCGCGGAGCUCGCCGCCCUCGAGGAGGCGCUCGCCAAGCGCGACGCCGCGGUGCGCGCGCUCCAGGUCGAGCGCCCGACGCCGCGCCACCCCAUGCCGCCGUCGGGGGCGUCCACCCCGCGCCGCCCUGGAGCCGCCACGCCGCGUCACCCGCCGUCGUCGCCGUCCCCCGCGGCGUCGUCCACCGCCGCCGUCGGCGGCGGAUACUACCCGCCGCUGCGGUGCUGCAUCGACCACCCGCGCACCGCGUCGGAGGCGGAUGCGCUCGAGACCCCGCACGACCAGCUCACCCGCCUCGCCCACCGCGUCCACCUCCUCGAGCGCGGCGCCACGCCCAUGGCCUCCACCACCACGCCCAUCAUCCGCGUCGCGCCGGGCUCCGACUUCCCGCGCCACGCGCGCGCCUACUCCGACGACGGCACCCUCGACUUCUACGACGGCGAGUGCUUCCCGGACGACGACGACGGCGACUGCGGCGCCAACGACCGGGUCUACACCGUCGACGCCAUCCACGGCGCGCCGCCCCUGGCGGUGGCCGAGCGCUGCUACUACGGCGGCGGCGCCACGCCGGUCGGGAGCGACUGCUGCGGCGGCGGCGCGCCGUGGGCGGAGGACGAGGAGGUGCGCAGGCUCAGCGCGCGGAUGCAGGCGCUGGAGGCGGACAGGGAGUCCAUGCGGCAGGCCAUCAUCUCCAUGGGCGCCGAGAAGGCGCAGGUCAUGCUGCUCAAGGAGAUCGCGCAGAAGCUCUGCAAGGACGCCGCGCCGCCGGCGCCCACCGUGGCGCAGCAAAGCUUCUACAAAGGGGGCAGCACGCAGCCGGCCAUGACCGUCACCGUGCGGCCGCCGCGGCAUCCGCCGGUGCUUAUGCAGAGGAAGGUGGUCAAGAGACAGACGCCGUUAUUUGCUGCAGUGGUCAAGUGGGUUACAUCAAUCAUGUGGUGGAGAAAGUCAUCAUCCCGUGUCAAGUACCCCAUGGGGCAGUGUGGUAACAAUGUGGGUUUGCUGCUGCUGCUCGACAAGGCUCCCAUGGCAGGGUCGUAUGGGCAUCAGAAGCCUCCCAAGAGGAUCUGA